AUGUCCGAUUUACAUGAAUUGUGUGGUUUUCAAACGAGACCUAUUGGAUCCAAAUACGUUGAGGAUUUAAAGUUUUAUUUAAAAAAUGGUAUCCCUGCAACCUAUACAAUAGAAGAAGCGUAUAACUAUACACACAACAUAGAGGAGGAGCCAACCACAACUACCACUCCCUUACAUAUUAUAUGUUCUCAUAUGCCUACUGAUGCUUCUAAUGAAGAACUAGACAUUAUUAAUCAAAUGGUAGAAAUCUUACUCGAAUAUGGUGCUGGUUGGUGCCUUACAGAUAUUAAUAAUGAAACACCUGGAUGUAUAUUGAUCAGAAGAAAAUUGAAUGACUCUCCAAUUUACAAGCAAAUUGUUUCUGCUGGUGUUAGAGCUGAAUUAUUAUUAAGAAAAGUUAGUGAAUACGACAUGGAAAUCAUUGAGGACACUGAUGACUUAAACCACGAACAAUUUGAAAGCUUAAAAGAAGAUGAGGAACCUGCAGAUGAAGAGCAUAAAGAAGAGGAAUCAUCUAACAUUUCAGAUAUAACUAAUCAACAAAAUUCUGGACAACUUGAAGAGAACUUCAAAAAUGAUCCUUCUGGUAACCAAGAAACUUACUUAAAAACAAAAUUGGAGUACAAGGAUGAUGCCUUAGUAACAAAAGACAGAAAAGAUGGAGUCAUGAUGUCUUGGGAAACAGAUUUAAUGCGUAUGGGUUGUGAUUCUCUUUUCAGAGGUGCCAAUAUUGAAGGCAAGGUUGAUGAUGAAGUAAAUAUUUUGAAUAUUGGAUUUGGUAUGGGGAUUAUAGAUACUAUGAUUAACGAAAAGAACCCAACUAAGCAAUACAUAUGCGAGGCACAUCCAGAUGUUUUAGCAAAGUUGCGUCAUGAUGGAUGGUAUGAAAAGCCAAAUGUUGUUAUAUUGGAAGGAAGAUGGCAAGAGCAGUUAAACAAACUUUUAUCCGAGGGUAAUGUCUUCUUCAACGGUAUUUAUUAUGACACAUAUUCUGAACAUUAUGAAGAUAUGUUAGAAUUAUUUGAUAUAGUAGUUGGUAUAUUAAAACCGCAUGGUGUGUUCUCGUUCUUUAAUGGAUUAGGUGCUGACAGACAAGUCGUUUAUGAAGUAUACAAACAAUUAGUUGAAAUGGAUCUAGCUAAUUACGGUUUGGUUUGCAAGUUCGAGCAAAUAGAAGUUCCUGAAUCUACGUUGAAAGUAGAGGAUACAAAUGCCACUGAGAACAAAUCGGUUUGGGAUGAUAUUAAAAGAGCCUAUUGGACUUGCCCAACUUACUACCAUCCUGAAGCUAGAUUUAUGGACGUUUAG